AUGCCUCAAGGUAGGCGUAAGGUUCCGUUCAGCGGAAAGCAAAAAAAGCAACAGCUUUUAGCUAAGAAACAAGCAAAAAAUAACACAACUUCGCACAACUUGAUACGAAACCUGAAAGAUGAAGAAUCGAGCGACAUCAGUGAGGACAGUGAUAUGCCGAGAACUUUCGGCGAUAACAUCGAAAAGAUCAACAUGCAACCGUUAAAGGAUCCACGCAGCAAGUCAAAUCGCUAUGUGCUGCAGUUCCACCGCGAGACCGGUAAGGAGCUAAGGGAAUUAAAAGAAGAGGCUCGUAAGGCUCUCACACACCGUAGUGAGCAGGAAAUGGAGUUAGGUGAUAACUACUUUCAAGAGUACGACUUUCCUAAACGGCCGAAAUGGAACUAUGAAAUGUCCAAAGAGCAACUGGACGCCAACGAAAACCGGUACUUUUUUAAAUAUGUUACCCUUCUCGAAAAAACGCAUUAUGAUGAUAUGAAAUCGUUAAGCUUCUGUGAGCUGAAUCUCGAAACAUGGAGGCAGCUGUGGCGCGUGUUAGAACUGUCGGAUGUAAUAUUGGUCAUAGUCGAUGCCCGAUUUCCGACACUAAUGUUUCCACCCGCUUUGUACUACUACGUAACGGAGGAUCUGGGCAAAGGUAUGAUGCUAGUUAUCAACAAAAUUGAUCUUGUUGAAUCCGAGGUGGUGCUGGCUUGGAAGCGAUACUUUGAGCAAAAGUAUCCCCACAUCAAAGUGGUGCUUUUUACGUCAUACCCUUCGUACAAUUUGCGAGGAAAGCAGGAAAGCAAACAUGGGCUUAAAAUUCGUCGUCGCCGUGGACGCAUGCGUAUGGCGGCAGAGGGUGCUCAACAGAUCUAUGACGUGUGUCGAAAGUACGUCGGGGACGAGGUGGAUUUGGCUUCGUGGGAGGACAAAAUUCUUGAAGAACGUAACUUUGUUCCGGGCGCCGAUGACGACGAGGAUGAGAAAUUGGUGUCGGAUAGGACACAUGAGGAGGAGAAAGACUUUGCUUUUGAAGAGCAUGUGAAAUUUCAGAACGGAGUGCUGACAAUCGGAUGUGUCGGCUUUCCUAACGUUGGAAAAUCAUCCUUGCUCAACGCCGUAAUGGGCCGGAAGGUGGUAAGCGUGAGUCGAACGCCCGGCCAUACGAAACAUUUCCAGACGAUUUAUCUUACCAACACCGUACGAUUGUGCGAUUGUCCUGGUUUGGUGUUUCCCUCGUCCACACCCCGACGGUUACAGGUGCUUAUGGGAAGCUAUCCGAUCGCCCAGUUGCGUGAACCGUAUGGCUCAAUUCGGUUUCUUGCCGAACGUAUUGAUCUGGUGCAACUUCUUUCGCUGAAACAUCCUGAAAACGAUAGCGAUGAGUGGUCGGCAAUUGAUGUUUGCGAUGCCUGGGCAAUCAAACGUGGCUUCCUCACGGCAAAAGCAGCACGUCCUGAUACUUACCGGGCUGCAAACAGUAUUCUCCGAAUGACACUAGAUGGUAAAAUUACUCUUUCUCUUAAACCGAUCGGGUACACCGAGCAGAAAGACAAGCUCUCAAAUGAUCCGGAACUUGUACGUGUUAAAGAAAUACAAGCCUUCGCUGAGGAGGAAAACAGCGACGAGGAUGACGAGUAUCUAUCCGAUUCGGAUGCGGAAGAGCGCUCGGGCAUUAACCAAGGCAAGGAUAGCACGGAUGAUGAGGAUCCAAAUGCAACGCUUACACCUUCGGCCUCAACCAACGUAAAUCCGUUUGAACUUCUUGGUAGUCCUGAAUGA